GUAGACCUUUAAUGUUAUUACGUGAGAGAAGUUACAAAACCAAUCCUGUGGAUUUCCGACGAGUCACCCGAGCAAGCGCAAAAAAGAAAGAAAGAAAGAAAGAAAGAUACUGCUAUCUGCGUCAAAGUGGUGGUUCUGGACCGUUUAUGAUCCUGGAUAGCGAGGCUCUCAAACGAGGUGGAGGGUGGCAGCCGCGAGUCGAGACGAGACGAGAGGCGAAUGAAUGCCACCAGUCUUGACUAGAGAGCCGUGGAGAAGAGAGCCUCCUAUUUGCCACUCUUCGUCCUUGUAGGCCAGAGUCGGCAUCCUACUGGGUUGCGCAUCGGUCUUGUUCUCUUUAUGGAAUACACUUGGAAGAUUAUUUCUCGUAAUAUAUUGAAAGGAAAUGACUGAGACGUCUCAGAAAAAUACCAUUCGGCUGACUGUCAACUUGAAAGAAAAUGUUAUCAAUCAGUGGCGUCGUGGUGAAGGGAAAUCUCAAUAUCCAACCUUAUGCUAAUGUGAAUGUUGAAAGAGUUGCUUUUCCUGGUGACACUGCAAGGAGCAUGAAUCUGCAUCUAUAGUGCUAGUUAAAACUCAGUACAGUGACUAAUUUGAAGCGGCUAGUGUGUGCCUACUUCGCAAGACAUACUACUCGGUGGAAAAACUUAAACGAAGGAAACCUCCUGCUGCAUAAAGUUACCUGGAGACCUGCUGAUGGAAAACUACUGAAUUCAGGAAUAUGACCAAGUUAUUACUUCUUCAUCUGUUGCUCCUCGCCUGGGAGGCCAAGACUCAGACUAACACUUCCUCUACAGAGAGCCCCUCCACCAGCUCUCCGCUUAGCGAUACUGAAGCCCAAGAGAACCAAACAUUGUCUGCAUUAUAUAGUCCUUCUGAAAAUCCUGUCUUGCUGAAUGAGUUUCCAAAUGUAGGAGUGAAAAAUGGCAGUUUUACUCGUGAAAAUGAAGGAAAGAGAAGUUUGGACAUCAACGUUUCUUCUGCCAUUCCUUCACAAAAUGUCUCUCACGAUGACAGUUCCCAUGAACGACAGUUUCCUAUGGCUGCGACACCAGACACUCAGGGCGGCGUUGAAGGAACCUUAAAUAAAAACGAAGGCAUAUCAGUUCUGACAGAGAAGCCGGGGAAACUAAUAAAAGAAGAAAUAAAAAAUGCAACGUUAAUGAGCAUAACUGUUGAACAUGUGCCCACCGAGAACCAGGAACCCGGGAGAGAGAAUGUCCCUGGAGACUCUGCAGGGAAUUCACAGAGAAAUCAAGCGCUAAAGAAUGACGGCGAUGCGAGAAUCGGUUCAUUCAAUGAAAGUAUUGCUAAAUCUAUUGAAGAUGGAAACACUAUGAAAAACGAAUUUCAUAAUUCUUCUGAAUCUGAAUCAGUAAGUCCUCGUUUCAGCGAACCAGAUGAUAUGACUUUACAUAAAGGGCAAAAGGUAAAAAGCAUCGAAGAAAUUCUUAACUCGACCUCAGGUGCAAAUCUACCUGCCGAGCGAAAGAGCAAUCAGACUGAACAAAGUUCUGUAACAGACGCCUCUCCUGAACUGGAUAUCACGAGAGAUCUCAUUGUGAGGAAAUGCUGCGAGGACCACGAAUAUUUCAGUCUAGAAACUCAGCAGUGUGAGAAAGCAAUGGUUGACCCAGGUUUUAUAAAAACUAUCAAGGGCACCUUUUCGCCGAAUUCAGCAGUAAACAUUACAACUAAGAAUGGCCGCUUGCCCACAUGUCCUGGAACAACAGAUCCUCCUCUCAUUAGUGAGCCAAGUAAUUAUACUCACUCUGUUGAAGCGUCUGGUUAUGUUACUGAUAAGACCUUUGGCCUGACUUAUGAUCAUCAUCAUUAUUGUUUGGAAUUGGCUGGCUUCCCUGACCUUGAAGCACCAGUGCUUGUUUUAGCCCAUUGCUCACCGAAUAAUAAAUCAGAAAAGGAAACCUCCUUCGAAUCACCCGUACCUGUUCCGAAAAGAGUUAUAGGCUCACAGCCAAAAGAAGUUACGACAAACUUGGAUCCUCAUCAAAUUGACGUUGAUUCGAGCGAAACACAAGGUGACGAUCUUCUUGUGAGGAAGUGUUGUGAGGACCAUGAAUUCUUUAGCUUGAGCACACAGCACUGUGAAGAUGGUGGAAAAUAUGAGUAUUUCGAAUAUUUUGUUCGGGAAACCUUAUUACGAAAUUCUUCAGCAAGCUUUAAAACUCGCAAUAGUCGCAUUCCAAUAUGCCCCGGGACGACAUAUCCCCCUCUUGUUAGUGAAGCAAGAAGUGAUACGCAUUUCAUAGAGGCGUCAGGACACCUGAAUGAUGUGAAUUCUGGAGAAAAAUAUGAUCAUGAGCACUAUUGUCUAGAGUUAGCCGCCCAAAGCCUUGAAGAUCUAGAAGCUCCGUUGUUGCUGCUAGCUCAUUGUGUACCCACUGAUAGUGAAACUCUCUCUGAGUCUUUGAUCAAGAUCUCUGUUCGAAAGUGUUGUAAAGAGCAUGAAUUUUUCAGCAUUCGAAGUCAAGCAUGUGAGCCUGCUGGUGGUGAUCCUGGAUUCCUUGAUAAUGUCAGAAGGAAAAUUAUGUCGGAUAAUUCAUCUUCGUUGCAGCCAGUGACUGGCCUUCUGAAGGAAUGUCCUGGUUCAGGUGAACCUCCAAAGAUUGGCGAAGCUGAAUUAUUCAGUCAUACUCUGCUUCCAGAUGGGUAUUUAGAGGAUCAUUAUUCAGCUGUGAUCUAUAACCAAGAUCAUUACUGCCUUGAGUUGGCUGCAUCCUCCCCUGAUCUUUUGGCAGAAGCCCCGAUUGCUUUAGCCUACUGCAUGCCAGAAGAGAAAGAAAACUACAAAAUUCCUCCCGCUGAAACAAUUGUCAGAAAAUGCUGCACAGAUAACGAAUAUUUUAGCACUAGAACACAAAAGUGCGAGCCAGCAGAAACUAGUACAGGCUUCGAGGAUUUUGUCAAAAGUAUUCUCAUUGACAAUUCCACAAUCAAUUUGGGUUACUUGAAUGGUAAGAUCCAGUGGUGUCCCAGCUCCCGUGAUCUGCCAGACUUGGCUAUAGUUCAGCCACAGACCCAUGCUGUUUCAGCUUUUGGUCACUUGAAAGAAUUACGCACAGGUGUUAGAUAUGAUCAUGAGAAUUACUGCUUAGAACUGGCAGCAGAUUCACCAAAUGAGCUUUACAAUGCAGUGUUUGUGGCUUCCUAUUGCCCCAUAUUUAAUACUCAUAUCCUGAUAAGAAAAUGUUGUAAUCUAAACCAAUACAUUGAUAGAGACUCCCUUGAGUGUCUUGAUCGUCUUGGUAACAUGAGCAACUACAAUUAUUUAAUUCGGGAAUUUCAUCACAGUGACCCAGUAUCUACAACUAUUACUGUUGGCAAACUGAAAUGCAAAAAUGGGUUGAUGAACAGAAUUGACGCAGACUCCACCUACCUGGAUGAAGGAGGCCAGCUUUGCGAACAUUCAAAUGGUAUUUGCCAUCCAUCUUCAGCCUACUGCAUAGAACAUUUUGGGAAAAGUACGGAUACAUCUCUAGUAAGUGAAGCAUUUGUCUGCCCAACAAAUGUUUUCAACAAGUGUUGUCCUCUCGAUGAAGUGCUUUCUGACAAGGGCUGUGUAAAACAUGGGGCUGAGUACAUUGCUUCCUCCCACAUGAAUCAGCUAAUGGAAAUUUUGCUACCUCAGGUUGGAUUGCCAACAAUAGGUGACGAAAAGUGCGAAUCCGUGCUCGUCAGGUCAUCUGGAAGCAACACGCGCUGGUGGGUUAACAAAGCUGGAUAUCUCUCUUUAAGGAGCACGUAUGGGAAAAUCACAACAAAAUAUUAUUGUGUAGAUGAUUAUGAAGACAGUGAAACUGGGAAGGAUACAAUAGCAAUUACGUGUAUUAAAGAAGUGAAUCACAUUCUCCCCACAGAAUUUUUCGCUGACUAUAGUACUGCAAAUGCAAUUGGAAAAUGCUGUCCUCCUGGAGAGUACAUGAGCCAAGACUACACCUGUAUUACAAACACUUUAGGCUUAGACCUCAUAAAGGAACCAGAUUUUGUAGCUGCUAAUGUCACAGAUUUAGUAUUUACAUCCUUCCCUGUCUGUCAGUCGGAAACUGAGCAAUUGGGCCUUCACAUGUAUCCAUUUGGCCAAAGGUCUGAUGAAGAUUACGCCACUCUUCUCGAAGACCAAUCCAUGAAUAUUGUAAGCCUAGAGAAUGGCUGUUACUUGAACAAGCAAACAGUGCGGAAUAGAGCUUACUGCAUAGACUACGCCAUCGCUGAAGGAAGCAAGGAAGUUAUGAUCUUGGUGUGCCCUGACAUGUGGCAGGAGCUUACUGCUUACCAAGAGAAGUACAGUCUUACAGCUGUGCUCCUGGGCAUUUCCUGCACAGCACUCACUGCAACUGCAUUCUCUCUCAUUUCCAUGAGAGUCAGGAGAGGUCUUGUGACUGUCAAAAAGGUGAAUACCUUAGCAGGCAGGAUCCUUUUGAGUUAUGUGCUCUCAUACUUGCUGGCGUUCCUCCUCUUGGCGAUUGGAAUGAAGUCCACCCCGGAAGCUGGCCAUGCUUGUUCUGUGCUCGCUGGUUUCCUCAUGUUCUUCCUGCUGGCCGCUUUCCAGUGGAACACAUCCAUCUGCCUGGAAUCGCUGCUCCUCACGCUGAGAGUCAGCACCUCUGAACGCAGCCGCUACUUGUGCCAUUCGGUGUGGGCAUGGGGCCUCCCGGGUAUCAUCACGACCAUUGCCCUGACCCUAGACCAUCACAGAGCGAACCUGCCCUGUUCGGUCAUUACUCCUAAAAUUGGCCUUUAUCGGUGCUUCUUCUCAGAUAGCAUUGCGCAGCUCCUAUACCUGUACCUGCCGAUGUUCGUCUCUCUCUGCGCCAACAUGAUCUUAUUAUUGGCAGCCAGAUACGUCAGGAGCGCAAAACUUCGCCGGUUAGAGAAAGGAGGCCGAGCCCAGAACACUGCGGCCAAUGUGGAAGGUACAGAAACGCAGGACCAGCAGAGUAAGACGAGCGACCAAAACACAAGUCAAGUCUCCAGCCAACCAAACGGCCAACAUUCGGGACUCAGGACACAUCAGAACCGAAAUUUGUGGAUUGAAUCUAUGAAACUGGUUGUUUGGUCUGGCGUGACAUGGAUGGCGGAAGUGUUAGCGUUCUUGAUAACUCGCUUCAUAGGACUCUCAGAAUCAUGGUACAACUACCUGUGGUACCUCCCCAGCAGCAUAAACUCCCUAAGGGGCGUCGGGAUCUUUGUUAUAUUAGUCUUGACACCCGAGAACCGCCAUAAGAUCUUCAAAAUGGUCGGGAACUUUGGUUCGUGGGCUGGGUCAGGGUCGCUGGCAAGGCACUCCCGCUCGGGAGACGGUCAUAGCACCUCGGGCAACCACCAAUCCUCCAUGACCCAGGGUCGAGGGUCAGAAAUGAGAGCCCCUGGCAGAAGGAACAUGUCAAUCGCCACGACCCUGACACAGAUCUCCUCCGUCAGAAGUGGGACCUCCAACGAGAUGAGGCCUGAGACGGGAACUACCGUCAGAGUCCAUCCGAAGGUGGCACAGUCCGUGAGUCAGAUUGACACCCGGCGAGGAUCAGCGUCGUCGCAGUCCUCAGACGGGGAGAACUGUGAAAGUGAUACCGAAGCCACCGGAGGCGGAAGGCGGAAAUCGUCGCUGGCUAACUUCACCCUGCUCUCCCUUCCGAGUGUGGACGAAGAGGAGGACGUCUUCGAGGGGGCGUCAAACGAUGCCCACGCACCCAUCACCCCCGCCAUGUCUUCCAGUGAUGUCUAAGUGCCAUAAUGAGAUCUCACUCAUUCAUGAAUGCCGAAUACAUCAUUCAAUUUCUCAUUCUUCAUCUCGAUUCAUUUCAUUUUCUCACUGAAUUAUUUUUGCCAUAGAAGACUCAGCAUUACUUUUGAUAUUUUUAUAAGCAUAGUAAACUAUUUUAGUUUUUAAGGUAUUCAAAUGCCAUAUUCAUAGCCAUAAGAGAAAGUAAUAAAGUGCCAGGUCUAAUUUGUAUGAAUUCGUUGUAUAAACCCAUUAAUAAAGGAUUUUUUUUUAACCUGAUCAUCUUCACUAUUGUACCUUGCCAAUGAGCUUCACUCGUCUCAGAAUUAUGUCCAGCAUGUCAGAGACGACAGCAGCCAUGAACAUAUUAUAAAGCCUUUCUGAAAAGGACGAGAAACUCCCACACUAAUGAAAACAGACUUUUCUCCCUUCAUUCGACUCUCGUUAUAUUAGCUUCCGAUUGUAAUGUUUAGUUCUCUAAUUAACUUUAUUGUUGUCAUACAUUUUGAAAACAACUGUAAUGAUGGAAAUCAUUCAUUUAGCAUUUAUGACAGUACCCAUGGAAAUUGGUGGACUGGAAAACCGAAUUGGUUUUCAUCUUAUCAAUAUGUUAAAUUGAGAUUGUCUAUGAUCGAGUGUACGUACGUAAGUACGCAACUGUAACCAAGUGCGCAGUUGCAUAAGCUCAAAUUGCCCUGUUCGAGACGAGUACGGCAACGCUGAGGGGAAACGAAUGUCUCUCCCCUUAUAUUCAUUUGAAGUGACGUAUUUCUCCCUUGUAAAAGGUGAAAUAAAUAGUUGUUUGGAAACGAUAAGUUCAGCUUUCUUAAAUGGACGAAGCUGCUUAACACACAAGUAGGUGUAGUGAAAAACAUAUUGAGAAAAGCCAAGAUGUCUGGCUCUGAUACCCACGAAGCCCUAGUAGCAUACAUAGCAUCCCCUCUUAAAAGUCCUGCCGAUCUCUUAUGCAGGAGAAAGAGAUCGAAUAGCCUUCCUGAUAAAGUGGACCAUCACUUCAAGCUACAGGAGACCAGGGACAAUUCUAAAAGCAAUUAUGAUCUUCAUACACGUUCAGAGCAGAGUGAGUUAUUACCUGGCGUGAAGGUUCUUGUGGAAGAUGGCAAGAAUUAGCUUCCUGCUACAAUAAAGUUGAAAAAUCCUGAACCUAGGUCAUAUACCUUAUUUACCCCAAAUGGUAGUGAAACGAUAAAAAAAACCCGAAAGUUUUUUCAGGAACUUUCAAGGAACGCUAUUAAACAAAUUACAUUCAAAGAGUUUCCAGCCAAUGAUACUGAUAGUGAUGCAACUGUGCAAGACAACAACAUUGCACGUCUGUCACUUUGAUGAGCAUAAGAACAGAAUACAUCAUUCUGUCCCAAGUGAAAGACCCAAUGUAAUCAUGGAAAUCAUUCAUUUAGCAUUUAUGACAGUAAUCAUGGAAAUUGAUGGACUGGAAAACCGAAUUGGUUUUCAUCUUAUCAAUAUGUUAAAUUAGCCACUUGAAGUUGAGAUUGUCUAUGAUCGAGUGUACGUACGUAAGUACGCAACUGUAACCAAGUGCGCAGUUGCAUAAGCUCAAAUUGCCCUGUUCGAGUCGAGUAUGGCAACGCUGAGAGGAAACGAAUGUCUCUCCCCUUAUGUUAAUUUGAAAUGACGUGUUUCUCUCUUGUAAAAGGGAACCAGUACAGGGGUCCAGUGUAAAAACCUGAAUAGGGGUCCAAUGUACGAACCAGUAUAAGAAUCGGUGUUGGUUCUAACUGGUAUUGAAGGAGUACAGCUAGGAAUAAGCGGCUUUUAAAUGUACCCACCUACUGUCAAGAAGAAAUAUUAAAAAAAAAAAAAACGGAGCCCGCCUUUCCCUCAACCCUUAUUACAACAAUGAAGAUUCGACCGUCUCCGACGUCAAGUACCUGUUCCAGCUAAGAAUAGGCCAAGAAGUAUAGUAGCUUAGGCCUAUGAGGUACCUUUAUAUUAGCCUAUGGUUUGAAUUGUUAUGUAUAGGCUAGUCUGAGCUAAUUGUCCUAAAAUGUAUGGUAGCCUCCGAAUGUUAAAGUCAGGACAAUUACCAAAUCAAUACUGUAUACAUAUGCAGUAUAGUAAAUACAUGAGUCAUAAGAAUAGCAUCAUUAAAGAUAUUUAUACAUGACACCAAACGAAACAUUGGCAAGCUCAUACGCUACCGAGAGACAUUUGAGUUGAAAUUGAAGUACCGUAGAUAAAAUGUUCAUGUGUUAAUGUUUUCCGCGAUGCAGUAUAUUCAGUUGUGCAUUAUAUUAUACUGUGUCAAGUUUGUUUCAGAUUUUGAUAGGAUGUUUUCCCACAAUGAAUGAAUUGUGUUGCAUAAGAAAAAUGUACUGUAAUUUUCCUUUUUAUGAAAAGGGGGAUGUUUCAAUAUAAUGACUUUUGUUGUGAUGUACGAAUCCAUUGUUUUGAUUCCCUUGUUGUAUACAUCACGGACUGACUCGUGCCUACCUCAGCAAGUGUUACCCAAUAAACAAUGUUACUUUA